GUAGCAGUAUUCCAUUGCAUCAUGUAUAAUGGUGGAAUGAUUGUCAAAAUAAAAUGGGGCAUUUACGACGCGGUGUUCUUGGCUGUGUUGAUGGUUGUGGGGGGAUGGAGGGGUGUAGCAGGAUUCACUGAGGUUUUGACCACCCCAUCAAGCUUCAUAACAUCCAUACCCAGCUUAUUGUCUACAGCAAGAGUGUGUCCUCCAGGAACUGUAUUUUGUUUGGCAUCAGGACAGUGUGUUGAAAAAGAUGGUGGGUGCUCUUUCCCAGAUCCAACCAUUAGACCCACAGCAUCUCGCUGUAAGGAAGAUGAAGUAUUCUGUCUGCUUAGGGAGGCAUGUGUGCCCCGGCAAAGCAACUGUAAUGAGAGAGAUAAAGAUAGUAGAAUGAUUGUCCAGGGAAAAUGCAGAGAGAAUGAAGUUUUCUGUCUAGCUUCUGGAAAAUGUCUUCCCAAGGAAGGAUGUGGAACAGAAAAUGAGCAAGAUUUGGAACCAGUCAAAACAAAAUGUGACAACAAUGAAUACUUCUGUCUGCAGCAAGGCAGAUGUGUCGCCAUCUUGGGAGGGUGUGAAGGUGAGCAAUCUACACCCACCCCAGAUACAGAAAUGCACACAAAAUGUGGGGCAAAUGAAUAUUUCUGUUUGCAGCAAGGCAGAUGUGUUGCCAUCUCGGGAGGAUGUGAAGGUGAGCAAUCUACACCCACUCCAGAUACAGAAAUGCACACAAAAUGUGGGGCAAAUGAAUAUUUCUGUUUGCAGCAAGGCAGAUGUGUCGCCAUCUCGGGAGGAUGUGAAGGUGAGCAAUCUACACCCACUCCAGAUACAGAAAUGCACACAAAAUGUGGGGCAAAUGAAUAUUUCUGUCUGCAGCAGGGCAGAUGUGUCACCAUCUCGGGAGGGUGUGAAGGUGAGCAAUCUACACCCACCCCAGAUACAGAAAUGCACACAAAAUGUGGGGCAAAUGAAUAUUUCUGUCUGCAAAGAAACAGGUGUGUAUCAAAGGUAGGGCUGUGUGAUGACAACAAGGACAUCUACAGAAGCUGUGAUGUGCCGGGAGAGGUGUACUGUGUGACUGUUGACAGGUGCAUACCAAGUGGGGAGAAGUGUGAGAACUGGGAAGGGACAACAACUCACAAAUGUGGACAGGAUGAAUACUUCUGUCUCCAACAGAACAGGUGCUUGUCUAAACAUGGAGAAUGUGGGACAGUGGAACCACCCAGUACCACUACAACUGUACCCUCCAGUGGAGGUUCCUGUAGAGAGGGGCAGGUUUUCUGCCUUGCAUCAGGUCGCUGUGAGGUGGAGACAUGUUCUGGAACUGAAGACCAGGCACUCUCAACAUCACUUCCUUUGUCAACUAAUUCUCCAACCCCGGCUGGUGACCGACUCUUAUUGGUAGACAAAGCAGUAACUUUGUAUGACAAUGUACAAUUCAGACUGUUAGAUUACUUGGGGCCAAUGAUAGAGGGAAGGCAACUCAGACAGUCAGAACAGUUGACCACCAAACUCAGCUGUGACAGAAACACGGGAGUGCACUUUUAUGCAGGAAGAGCAGUGCUGGAUGAGAAGGAUGUGAGUGUGUCCGAGUUGAUCACAGUUACCACUAAUGGACAGGAGAAGGGCGUGGUCACCUGCAGGCUGCUUUCCCUGCCCCCUGACAUUGCUAUGGGUUACCAGUAUCACAUAGGAAUUGUGGCUGUUCCUGAGAGUCUGACUCCAACAGUUUCUAUGGGGAUGACCUCCAUGUCAAUUAUGGAGGGUAACACUCUUUGGGUGCUUGAUGAGUGGGACCGGGUGUUUCUAGUCAACAUUUCAGAUGAAGCACCAGAGACUCCUAGUCAAAAAGAAGUAUUGUCCACAAGGACAGUGUUUGAGAUCUACCAGGAAGGUCUGCAGUCAAUGGCAGACAGAGUUGUCUUCCCCUUACACGUCUCUCUGUAUCAGGUUCCUCUGGAUCUCCAUGGCUUGCCGGUGGCUGCCAUUGUAACAGCUUCAGAUGAUAGAUCUCACUGGAGGAGAGCUGCCUCCAGGGGCUUGAUGUUAGAUUUCAAAGGUUAUGAUGAGAGAUCAAUGCCCCUCCAUGUCAAAAUACAUUCAACUUUCAGUGGUGACAUCCAUUUUAUUUUGAGUCCAAAUACUGGGGACCAGUUUAUGUUUACUCUACAGGUAUUGGCUGUCAAUAAUGCCCCGUACCUGAUCUCACCUGAGAAAACUUUGGAUAUCUUGUCAUCAGUCCUUGUACAGCCAUACUCUGGCAGCCGUGAGUUUACAGCAGGAGGGAUCAGUGAUCUAGUCUUUCUGGAUGAGGAUGGGGACAGUAUGGGAUUAGCUCUGCUGGGGGCAGUCUCACAUGAACUUGGUACCUGGGAGUAUGAUCAGGGAGAUGGCUGGAGGGCUGUACCGGUCUUGGGCCACCUGACAGCAAGUAGACAACAAAACAUCAGUGCUGUCCUACUGUCACAUACUGACAAACUCAAGUUUGUGCCGACUGUGGGUGAUCUGUGGUCCACCAGGGAGGCAUUAAAGAAGACCAAACUGUACAGCCUAGCCUGGGACGGCAGUGACAUGGUGUCCAGAGAGAGGUCACAGGUCGAGGUCCACAGGUGUUCAGGAAUGAUGAAAAUGUGUGGAGAAGGAGGUAACAGCGCCUACUCGGAGGAAGUCCUCCCUCUGUUCAUCAACAAGGCUGGUUGUGACGGACAGGCUGGAUCACAGCUGGUGGAGGAUCUAUGUGGGGUGUGUGGUGGACAUGAUGACUGUGUGGACUGCAGUGGGAAACUUAGUGGAGGAGCUGUUAUAGAUUCCUGUGGAGACUGCACGGAGGGUGACACAGGGCGGACUAAGGACCACCAAAUGGACUGUAGGGGACAGUGUGGCCUCAACUACUUUGACAGUACUCUCAACAUGUGUCUCCCAAAUAAUGUGGAUUUACAGCAGCUGAUGACCCUAUUUCAGGAAUGUGAUGGACAGAUUGACAGUGAUGCCUAUAUCAACAAGUGUGGUUACUGUGUGCUGGGUAAUACAACACUAAAUGAAACCCAUGGGGAGGAUCAAUGUGGGGUGUGUGAUGGAGAGGAUGAGUGUAAGGAUUGUGCUGGGGUUCCCCACGGGGAGUCUGUGAUCGACUUCUGUGAUAGAUGUGUACUGAGGUACAGUGAUGACUACAACCGAGAUUGUUAUGAUGGUUUAGGUCAUGUCAAUCAGACUAUGUUUGGAGCCAAUGGACGGAAAUCUGUAGAGAUGACGGCGUACACCAUGGCUCAGGAGGAGAAGGAAAACCGGCCGUCUGCAUUGGAGAUCAAAUCCUGUGGCUUGUUUAAAAAAUCCUACUGGGAUAAAGAAGUUGAUUUGACCGUGGUAUCAUAUGAUAACAAUACAGGACUGAUAGUAGCUAGAACUCGGGUACUGACUGCUUACGACAUCGGCAUUUAUAACAUUGGAUGUUUUACUUCUGACGAAGGCAUUUAUACUGUCAAGGAUGUACGAUCCAUCAGAAUUGUCCUGUUUGGUCCUGUUAAUGUCAAAGCUGUAACCCCAGAAAAGGUCAAAGUUCAGGAAGGAACAAAGGUAACAGUUCAGGGCAUCGGUAUCUACAAGACAGGUUACAUCAAGUGUGCCAUCAAAUGCCCCUAUGUAGAAAGGGGCAUUGGCUGUUUCACUACAAUGUCUGAACCAUCUGGCUUUAUGAUCUUUCCUGUGAAACGUUUUGAUGCAACAACCUGUGAAUGUGACCUCGCAGAACUGUCAAAGGUUACCAGACCUAUGUCGUAUGAUAUAACAGUGCUGUUGGAGCCUCUUUCUGAAACUUUAAUUCCAGGAUUGAAGUUUGUAAAGCUGCACGUGAGAGCUCCAGCCCCACGGCUCGUCUCUGCCAGGUUUGACAAGAUGUACUGCUCUGUGACGAUCCAGUUUGAUGUGCCUGUGGAAGGGCCAGAGGCCUGUAGGGAAUUAUUUGAUGACUCAAGUUUCCAAAAACUGGGCAAAAGUGCUAGAUGUCGCUUUAUGGGUAAUAAACUCAUUGUUAUGUUGAGGAAAGGGAAGUUCUCUUUAAGACCAGGAGAACAGCUGUUUGUCUCCAACACAACCAUCCAAAAGUUGUUCUCCGAGGAAAGUGAGCCAUCCUUUGCAUCAGGAAAUGUGACAGUGAAAUCACCAAAAGAUCAAGUUCAGAUAAGUGCAGAGCUACUUGGAGGAGGUGUGAUUGGAAGCUGUGACCCUUUUGAACUUUUCCUUAAAAAGUCUGGCAGUUUGGGUUGUGUGGACAUUGUCUUCAACUGGACAGUAACAUCUAAUGAUAGUAGUCCCUCAGCGACUGUUUUAGCCAAAAUAGCAAUCUUACAGAAUACACUGGAUAACAUGCCUAUCUCACAGUGGAGAAUCACAGGACUGGGAUCUGAGAUUGUGGCCGGAUCCUCCUAUGUGUUUACUGCUACAAUUACGAAUGCAAUGGACCGCUCCUCUACAUCACUCUCUACUCAUGUGACACGCUCACAAAGCAUCAAGCCAGUCAGUGUGAAGCUUCAGCUGAUGUCGGGGAAACGCCCCGAUCCUCAGAGAACUCUCAAAAUGGCUGCCGUGGUCACUCCUUCAUCCUGUAGUGGAAUCAACAUGCUGGAGACAAACUUCUUGUACCAGUGGACCAGCAGCAGUGCUGAUGUAGUCAUUCGGUCUGUGAUGGAACUGCCAUUUGCUGUCAUCAGGAGAGGCUCCCUGCGGGGGGGAUCUGUCUACACUGUCGCUGUCACUGUGUUUAAAGAAAAUGAUGAGUCUGUGUCAGAUGAGGCCUCUGUGACCUUUAGUACCCUGAGUCAGCCCCUGGAGAUCAGAGUCCCUCCCUAUAUACAAUCUCUCCCCACCACAGCUGUUACUCUGGAUGUUUCACGAUCCACAGACCCAGACAAUAUACCAGACAAGCCUAGGUUCUUCUGGGCGUGUGCCAAGGAGUCCAUUCCAGGAGUGCCUUUUUAUGUCAGUCGAAACGGGUCUGAGCUGAUGCUGGAAUCCCUAGUCAGACCUAAGUCUCCAGAGACCCCCACCCUGACCAUUCCUCCCAAUAUGAUGCCUGUAGGCAGAUACAUUUGGAAUGUGACGAUGAUGAAAGGAAGGAGAUCAAGUUCCACUUCUGUCAUAAUGGAAGUAGCAGACGAUCGUGCACCACUUGUUGUCAUAGAUACUACAGAUGUAACCAUAAACACAGGAGAGUCUGUCAGACUCAAUAGUGUGAUCUCCACCUACAACAAAAAACCGGUGACAAUUUUCUGGGAAUGUGGACAAUUAGAAGGUUAUGACUAUGUGACAGUGGAUAAGUACACAUCAUUCCCCAGUAGACUGCAGCAGAAGAGUGCGGAGGCACUUCGUAAUUACGUCUUCUCUCUCUAUCUGGACAAAGGCCUGCCCUCUGGUGGAAUAUUUCCUCUACAGGUCACUGCCAUUGCCGGGGAUCGCAUGCUUAGUAGGACAGAAUUUGUGAAGGUUUCAGUUAAUGCCCCUCCAAUGAUAGGGGAGGUCAAGAUAUUCCCACUAAAUGGUACGGCUCUAUUGACUAAGUUUGAGGUGAUGUUUGGUGAGGGGUGGAUAGAUCCUGAGGGAGACAAAGUCAAUUUCUUUGUGCACACACAGAAGGUUGGAGAGGAGAAAAUCUGUAGAAUGAAUGCUCGAUCACGGACUGAUAUUGUCUCCUACAACCUGAUGCUAGGUGCAGGGGAAUUUAUGGUUCACAUUGAAGCCUGUGACAUGCUGCAGGCUUGUGUGAUUUACACUGUUCCAGACAAAAUUUAUGCGAUUGAUAAAGAAAUGUCAGAGGCGGAGCUUAUCACUGCUGUCAAUGAUGUCACACAGUUACUGAAGACAGAUAUGGAUCAGGCAGUAGGCAUGACAGUGUCCCUGACCUCAUUGAUGGGGGAAGGGAACAAUUCCCAGGCUCUGGGGGAAGUUGUCAAUGAUGUGGCCUACAAUCUCCUGUCUUCAUCUUCAGCUGAAUUUGCUCCAGAUGAAGCAGUGACUUUGAUGGACACUGCCAACACGAUUCUGGAGCCAAUAGCUAAAGGAGGCAUGCUUACCACAAAAGUCUUUGAAGAGGGUUUGUCCAAGGCCAACCAACUGGCAUCUACUGUCAGGUCACAGUCAGAUCAAGAUGGACAGAGGAAGAGAAGGAGGAGGGCAGUUGAUCCCAACACAAUAAUUGUUACACAGUCAAUGUCAGAAUCCAAGGCAGAGACAAUUCUCACCACUUACUCCUUGCUAUACACUGGAAAGACCAUGGACCAGAUUACAACACAACAGGCCACAGAUUACUUGUCAGCUCUGGACAACAUUAAGAUUGGAUUGUGUGCGGGGAUUACAUAUGCUGAGGACAGUGUGGUGGUGGAUAAUGACAUGACAACGUUAAGAGUUCAGAAGAGGACAACAGAGACAAUGGACACGGAGAUGAUGCCAGUCACCUGUGAAAAUUGUACAGUCAACCACACUGCUUAUGUUAUGUAUGGUGCUAAGCUGAGUGAGCUGUAUCACCACUGGAACUGCACUACGGACCUCCAGUGUUACGGAGCAUGCUUCACAUCAGCACAGAUGACAAUGGAUAUGGUGUCUGCUACAUCACCAGAGCGUUUCUCCAUUGAUCUUGUUAGACGCAGUGACCUGAUUUCACUUCAGCUGGUCAACCCUUCCACUUACGACAUGGUGCUAGUGGAGGAACUGUCCACCCCCGUGAUGGUACAAGUCCCUAUUGCUGGGGACUAUAAUGAGAGUGCCUACAGCUUGCAGUGCAAUAUGUGGUCGGGGUCAAACUGGACCACACAUUCAUGUGCAAGUUCUUCACCAGAAUUCCUCGAGGGUACAUAUCACGUUAACUGUUCCUGUACCAGACUUGGGAUUAUAGGUGUGUUUGAGGGCCCUGUAGUUUUGACAGAAAUAACCACCCAGAUAACCAUGACGACAGAGACAACAGAAACGACAAGUAUUCAAACAACAACCGAUCAGAGGGAAAUGGUCACGUUUGAAACACAGAAUGAAGUAAAUGAACAGUUUACAGGGAGUGCUGUCACUGAUAAAACCCUGGAGUCCACCACAGCUGGGAAUAGCCCACCAAUGGGCGACUCCACAACACCGAUGAAUUCCAUCAAUGUGCCGGCAUAUGCUGGGAAGGUUUACAUCUUGUUUGCUCUGCAUGACAACUUCGCUACCAUCGUGGCCGGCCAGGAGAACAGCUUCAGGCUCCACAUCAUGCAGAUCUUGACAUCAUAUCUCAGAAUACCCGCCUCCAGAAUUACAAACCUACAAGUGGAGGAAGUGAAAAACGAUGAUGAUGAUGCUGGAAGCAUAACCAUCAAGUUUGAAGUAUUCUCGCGUGCAUUAGACUCUGAACCCACCAUGGGUGAAAUCAUCUUCCAACUGCGUGAAGCUAUCAGAACAGGGUCACUGGUUGUGACCUCAACCACAGGACAGCGAUUGGUUGUUGAUACCAAUUCAUUUGCAUGGUCAACUUCAGAACUUCAAACAGAAAUUGAUAGUGGAACAAAUUACACCAUGUUCAUUGUGUCGGGAGCUGUUGGAGCCUUUGUCUUAAUCAUCAUUAUGACAGGGAUAGUCAUUUAUCUCAUCAAAACCAAGGCCAACAAGUCUCAACAAGUCACCCAGUCCCCCACUCCAUAUGGACCCAACAUGCAAGGUGUAGAUGUUCCCAGACCUAUGGUAGGGAAACCUAACAAUACCUCCGGUAACUGGAUGGAUACUGAGGGCACCACUACAGAUGUGAAUAGCAGUGUAUCAGAGUCGACAGAAACCUACAAGGGCUACUCUUCAAAACCCCUCUCAAGACUGCCUCCCAUUCAGUAAGCCAUGGAGGAUAUGGUGUUAUUUCUUGUGACUUUACGCGCCUGGAGAAUUUUUUUGAAAUCAAUUUAAAUGUACCUCAAGGACACACAUGAUGUUUCUCAAUAAUGUAUGUACAGUGUUUGAAACUCGCAAUAAGCUAGACAAGCGGGGCUGACUGCUUGUAAAAACUGUAUGCCCUGCAAAAGACCUACUGGCCUUGACAAAAUAACCGCCAUUUCUGAAAUUACUUUUAUUACUCUCUAUCUUUUAAUUAUGUGACUAAGACACCGUUCCCUUAACUUUGAUUCUUAUCAAGCCUUUUUACAACUUUGUUACCUGUAUUAUAAGCAAAUCACAAAUAAUUCUUAUCAAGCCUUUUUACAACUUUGUUACCUGUAUUAUAAGCAAAUCACAAAUAAUUCUUAUCAAGCCUUUUUACAACUUUGUUACCUGUAUUAUAAGCAAAUCACAAAUAAUUCUUAUCAAGCCUUUUUACAACUUUGUUACCUGUAUUUUAAGCAGAUCACAAAUAAUUCUUAUCAAGCCUUUUUACAACUUUGUUACCUGUAUUAUAAGCAUAUCACAAAUAAUUCUUAUCAAGCCUUUUUACAACUUUGUUACCUGUAUUAUAAGCAGAUUUGAUGCAUCUAAAUUUUACUUAGUGGGAAUUUUAAGGCGUCCAGUCAGGCGUCUGCGACAAAAUUUAUGCAUUUCGAGUGGUCGGGCACAUGGUUAUUUCAAACUCUGAUGUAUAUUAACUUUUCAUGACAUUUCGGGUAUAAUUCACUUGCAUUUUGUUUCUUCAAAUAUAAAAUGAAGGAAAAAGGAGAGGGGGGGGGGGGGGACGACAAAAGUUGGCAUAUUUUGAUAGUCCCUGGUUUUUGCAAGUAAAAAUGUAAAGUCAAGUCUUAUGUAUAUAUUUCAGAAUGAGGUUGCAUUUAAGUAUGUUUGCUUUCAACCUAUAGAAAAAAGCAGGUCCAUAAGAGAGGUGAAAUGUUAUUUAUUUUCCAUGUAGAAUCUACCAUAAAGAUGCAAUUCAGACUGACACAACGUGAAUGAUACACAAUUCACACAAUUGAGAUGUUUAAAACAAACACCAGACACAAAGUAUAGGUACAGAAAGAACUCCCUGUUAUAACAAACACAAAGUAUAGAUACAGAAAGACCCCCCUGUUAAAACAAACACAAAGUAUAGAUACAGAAAGAACUCCCUGUUAAAACAAACACAAAGUAUAGAUACAGAAAGACCUCCCUGUUAAAACAAACACAAAGUAUAGAUACAGAAAGACCUCCCUGUUAAAACAAACACCAAACACAAAGUAUAGGUACAGAAAGAACUCCGUGUUAAAACAAACACAAAGUAUAGAUACAGAAAGAACUCCCUGUUAAGGAGGUAUGCUACACCAGAGAAAUUUGAUGUAGAUGAAAAGUGAAGGAUAUGUACAACAAUAUAUUGAAGUUGAAAUUUUUCAAAUUUUCUUUAUUUUGUCAAAAAAUACAGUUUUAGUAGAAGGUAAUCUGAAAAAAAUUUAAAACCCCUGCUGGACUCGAACCUGCGACCUGCAGUUUAGCAGUCGGUAUUCUAACCUACUGAGCUACUCGGCUAGGUGUUUAAAUGGAAAAUGAAAAGUCAAAUAUUGCUUAUAUCGAUUUUUUCAUCCAUGUUUUUGAAGGAAGUCAGCCAUUAUGACGAUGUAGAGUACUACCUUAAAACAAACACCAAACACAAAGUAUAGAUACAGAAAGAACUCCCUGUUAAAACAAACACAAAGUAUAGGUACAGAAAGAACUCCCUGUUAAAACAAACACAAAGUAUAGGUACAGAAAGAACUCCCUGUUAAAACAAACACCAAACACAAAGUAUAGGUACAGAAAGAACUCCCUGUUAAAACAAACACAAAAUAUAGAUACAGAAAGACGUCCCUGUUAAAACAAACACAAAGUAUAGAUACAGAAAGAACUCCCUGUUAAAACAAACACAAAGUAUAAAUACAGAAAGACGUCCCUGUUAAAACAAACACAAAGUAUAGAUACAGAAAGAACUCUCUGUUAAAACAAACACAAAGUAUAGAUACAGAAAGACCUCCGUGUUAAAACAAACACCAAACACAAAGUAUAGGUACAGAAAGAACUCCCUGUUAAAACAAACACAAAGUAUAGAUACAGAAAGAACUCCCUGUUAAAACAAACACAAAGUAUAGGUACAGAAAGAACUCCCUGUUAAAACAAACACAAAGUAUAGAUACAGAAAGAACUCCCAGUUAAAACAAACACAAAGUAUAGAUACAGAAAGAACUCCCUGUUAAAACAAUCACAAUAGAUACAGAAAGCUAAAUCAUACUACAGCAACAAAAAUCAUGUACAAAAGAAACAAAUGCAAAUUACAUUGGUAUAGCUACCAGCAGUUCUAUGACAAAAUACACAACUGUACAUCAUCAAACAAGCAAAAAGAAGUACAAUACUGUACAUUAUCAAAUCUUAUGUGAGUAGCAGGGACUAGACAUACAUAUAACUAUCAUAUCACAAUCAGUAUGGAACAAGGUAUUGUAGGAAAAAAGGGGAGAGAAAUCUUUGGGGCAAUCAAAGAUUGAACCCAGCACCCUUGCAAUACUAGUUAGGUGAUCUAACCACUGACUAAGUGGGCUGAUAUAUGAAGUUAAUUGAUAUUACUACAAUAUAAAAUUUAAAUAUAUUUUGGAAAUCAUACAAGAGCUCUUUAUAUAGAAGAGAUGCAAAAAUAAUUAUAGAAAAAAAUGGCAGAAACAUCAUGUAUGACCUUUAAAUGAUUUCUCUUUUGUGAAUUUCUACACUGGUUUUUUUCCCCUUUUGAUUUGUAGUUUAAAUAACAUUCAAUUGAAAAAGUUUCAAUGAUGAUAAAAACAUUUUCCCCAAUAGAAUAUCAAUGUUGUAUAUUACAAAAAAAACAACCCAUUGUUGUAUGAAAAUUGAUUUGUAUCAUGUUAUUACUGUGUUUUAAAAUUACAUGAUUCUGUUUUAAAAUUAUAUGGUCGAAAAUUC